GGGGGAGGAAUAUUGCUUAUGGUUCAAAAAUAAGGAGCAGCUAUGUCCUUCUCUCAGUUUGGAUAUCCCUACAGCACCACUUCGCAGUUUUUUGUGUCUGCCAGCCCCAGUACGACUUGUUGUGAAACUGCCUCCAGAGCCGUGUCGGAUGUUUCCUCGGGAUCUGCCCAAGCGGCUACUAUCUGCUGUCCCUCUUACGAAAACAGGCUGCUGGCCAGCACCCGGACGGAACUCAAUGCAGCUCUGGGGAUGUACAGCUCUCCCUAUUCAGCAGCCGCAGCCAGCCAGGGUUAUGCCAACUACCUUCCUUACGGCACAGACCCAUCAACUCUCUACACCACACUGAACCCUCAGUAUGAAAUUAAGGAUGGCACCAGCAGUUUGCACUCGGGAUUCGCACAGCCUGCUGCUUUCUACCCCUACGAUCAUUCCUUAGGGCAGUACCAGUACGACAGGUAUGGGACAGUGGAUUUCAGUGGCUCAGCCAGGCGCAAAAAUGCAACUCGCGAGACAACCAGCACCCUUAAGACCUGGCUGUACGAACACAGAAAAAACCCUUAUCCCACCAAAGGGGAGAAAAUCAUGCUGGCCAUCAUCACCAAAAUGACUCUGACUCAAGUGUCCACUUGGUUUGCUAACGCCAGACGGAGGCUCAAGAAGGAAAACAAAAUGACCUGGUCUCCCAAGAACAAAGCAGGAGAAGAGAGAAAAGAUGAAAACAAGAGGGAGGAAGAGGAAUAUGGCACCGAAAAUGAAGGCAAAGCAGGUCAAAAAAGCUUCAAGGAAGAAAAGGAAUUGAGACUGAGCGACCUGGACGAUUUAGACGAGGAGGAAGAAGACAAGCUAGAGAACGACCGAAAGAGUGCACACCUGGCGGCUUCCAGUGCCAGCUCUUCUUUGGCGGAGUCUGAGAAAAGGGACUGCAGCGUGACCCCACCCAGCAAUUUUCACCCUCUCCCCUGUAACAAAGCCAUGCCGGUGGCAGGAGGAGACUUUUUAGAGACCGUGGGGCAAAAGGCAGCCAGUGGGGCGGGCACCGUUAGUCAAGGGCAGCAAUACGAACCCACAGACAAGCCCAGAAUCUGGUCGUUAGCUCACACCGCAGGGGCCAAUGUUAUAGUUGGCCCCACACACUCCGAACCAAGGACAGCGAGCCCUGGCUGUUUGCUCGGCCGGGGAAGGCGCUCUGUGUCUGGACACUGCCCCGAGGCCAGACCCCUGGCCAGUCUCAGAGCUCCGCCCAUUGCGGACAGCGCGUUCGAAGAACUGCCCCAGGCCACCAAGAUUUUUAGAAACUCCACCUUCAACCUGCAGUCUAUCCAACUAAGCUGUGCUUCCUAUCCCGUCCUGGGGGAGACGUGCCAGUAUUCUUCAGGAGCUGAAGGGUUUGGGAGAAAUGUGAAACCCAGCCAAGGAGCCAUAGAUCUCAGUGAAGGUUGUGUAGUGCAGCAUAAAGAUAAACUGAGAACAGCUUUUAGGCCAGUGCUGAAGAGGUGAGGGAAAUUUCUCCCAGGACCAACAACUAUUCUACAGGUUAGUCCAGCACCUUUGUGAGAAUCCCGAAGAUGGGUCUGAUCAUCAAGGCUCUUGGCUUGAAAAAUCCUCCGCCAACAGUGAGGAGCCCUGCUCCUUGAAAGCAUUAAAUAUGACUCUAGCGUCCCUUCUUUUAUGGAGGAGCGGUCAUAACAUAUGCACAACUUGUUUUUCAAAAAUGGAUGAGACUAAAAACCCCGCUCGGAAAGAAAGCGGGGGAACUUGAAUAAAUUAUAGACUUUG